AUGCACUUCGACACCGGUGACGGCAGUGGGCCGUCCCGCCAAGACGAAGAUAACUAUUGGCAGACCCUGCUGCUAUCUCACGAGGCUGAAGAUGAACAGCAUAACAGUAACUUCAUGGCCAAGUCUGAGCCUCUUCGCAUGCGCCUAGCCGCCCUGACCAUGGAAAAGAGGGAUCUUGAGAGGCGCAUGUUGGAGGUGAACCAGGCCAUCAAGAGAGAGCACGGCGGGUUGGAGGAACUCACCAUGACCUUCCAAGAGGACCGUCAGAAGCUGCAAAUGGACCGAGAAGCCAGAGUUCAACAUAUGCAGGCUUAUUUCGCACAACACCGCCAAAGAGAGGACGAGAACCGUGCUAGGAUCGCCGCUGCCGCCCUUGCUGCUCCCCGGCGCGAUUCCGAGACUGUACGCCUUGCACACACGAGCGACGUCAUGAACGGCACCAAACCCAAUGGCGUCAACGGAGUGACCACUAAUGGAGACCACCUCCUCAGCAAUAACGGCCUGCCACCUUCCGCCAACCCACCAGACCAGCCAGUGACUAUGAUCAUGGACGCUUCGGGCCAGCGUAUCGGACCUGUUCACCGCAUUCCCGUUCAUGGAGCCGCGGGCGCCCUUCUCGACAAGAGCCCCAAGCGAGCGGUGCAGCUGCGUCCUGGUGUCAUGUUCACGGAGCAGGACCUGAGGCGAAUCCAUGAGGACAAGGAUCUCUGGACCGCCGUUAUGAUCCAGGCCAUUGGGGACCAGCAAACGGACGGAAGGCGAUGCGCCGUAUGCGUCCAAGGCGGAGGCCCCUUUUCAGAUUGCACCAUCGUGCAAGGGCUUGGAUCUUGCGCUAAUUCUUACUGGGAGAGACGCAAGCAGGCUGAUGGUCAAGCUGUAGACCAGGCACCUCCGACUGCACAGCACGCCAAAGUCAUCAGCACCCGAGAUGAGAGCUUCAACGGCACGGCCACACCCAUGUCCAGUCGACCUGUUUCUAGGGACAAGAGCACCGGCGAGGGAUCGACCAUCGCAGAUGAUACGGAGGAAGACCACACACCAAUCACCCGAGCCAAUCUCGUCCUCAAGCACGAUGGCAAGGUGUACACGCACCCUGAGUGUAUGGAAGGCGUGCCUAUCGAGAGGAUUGACCCCAGCCACCCAUACUGGGACCAGUCGUGGCCUGAGAUACCGCCUCUGAUCCAAGCUAGUCUCGAGAGUUGGCAGGUGAAGUUGGACAACGCCUUACGAACCGGCCAGAAGGGCAUGAAAUUCCAGUUAGGCCGACAGGUUAACAGGGGCGGCACCAUCAUGAGCUUCCUGAAGGACGGAGAAAUCAGCCCCUACCAGCUUUUGUCCAAGAAGUAUAUCACGACCAAGCUGGUGAACUACGACACUCUGUUUCGCCUGGCCGACACCUUGAAGUGCUUGGAAACAUUCGGAACACUCGACAUCACUCCGCUGGAGUGGCUUCGCCAGCGCCUGCAUGAGAUCCUCACGGAGAGGGGCUCUGAUUUCAGCUUGUCCAAGACCAUCCACGACUUUUACCACGAUCGCAAGUACGAUGACUUGCGAAAGGCGAACGGCAAGAAGAGCAUCGGCAGACCGUCGGGCAUGAAAAUGACGCCUAGAGACUCCCCGAAUUCGGCCAAGGCCACUCCAAACGCCAAGAAACGCAAAAUGUUCAUCAGCGAGGAUUUCCCCGGCCCGUCGCCACAGCGGCCUCUCGCGCCGACGCCUACACCCCAAAACACACAGCCGAUAAUCAAGAACGACGAAUCGGAGCGUAGCGCGCCGCCGACGCCGGAUCUUGCGAGGAAGAAACUGAAGGCUGGAAGAGUUCAGGGCAACCCCAAGGAUCCGGAUCUCGCCUACGAGGGCUUCACCGAUGUCGACGAAUUCAGUAGUGACAGAAUUGGUAAACACGACUGGGCCCUCAACCGCAUCAAGUCUCGUCUGAACACCGUUGGUACUGGUGUAACGCAGUACUGGCACUGGAUUCCUGACGAUGGCGAGCUCGUUUUUGAGCACCAGGUCCUUGCCGAGGGCGAAUCUGCCACGUGGGGCAUCUACGCCAAGCCGAUCAACUUCCAUUUGGAGCUCGAAACCAUGCAAGAGAUCAUGUGGGCUGCCGAUACCGUGAAGGUCCUGAUACGGUGCAAGCCCGGCGUCGUGGUUUCGGCGGACGGCAAGCCACGAGGUGAUCUUCUCGCCGAGUUCAAGCGGCAACGUACCAAGAAGCGGUUUUUGGCCUUCUGCCGCAAGAAGGAGAUUCCGCAAGUGAAGAUUGAUGCUUCUAUUAUUGAGCAGGCUUGGGACGAAUACGAGUCGCCCGAUGUACCGGCAAUGGCGGAUUCGGAGAUUGAGUAA